GGCGUGCUGUUCCUGACGUCUGUCCCUGUGCAAUACCACGUGCCCGCUAGCAUGUCACUCUUGCAGACCGCGGUUUGGGCGACGAGCUAUAAAACGGCUCACAGGUAACGGAAAAAAGGUUGCGCGUAGCUUUGCAUCUUCGAUUGAGUAACCUUCGAGAUGCUGUCACUCGCUGUCACAAUCCUCGCCGCCGUCAGCUUGCUGCAGCCUUCCUUUGCGAAUCCAAUUGCAGAGCGCGCCGAUGCGCCUGUAGUCGCCCAAACUACUUGUAAUGGCAAGAAGUAUACCUACAAGGAGCUUGCUGGGUACGGCUUCCUGCCGUCGGACUCCCGGGACAAGACUGGGGACACGAUUGGUGGGAUUGGGAGUUCUAUUGCGCUUGACCUGAGUUCGUGGAAGAAGAUCAACGGGAGCCAUGGGAAGGGCGAUACGUACGAGGGGAUCUUGUACGCCCUACCAGAUCGCGGAUGGAAUACCGUUGGGACACAGAAUACCCAGUCGAGGAUCCAAAAGCUCGCCAUCGUCCUCAAUCUCAUGGAUGAGGCGACCGUUGGCAAUCCGUCUGCCCCGAAUUUCCACAUCAAGUAUCUCGAUACGAUACUGCUUUCUGGUCCUGACGGCACACUGUGUACUGGCCUUGAUGCGGAUGCGACGGGCCAUUUGUCCUUUCCUGGAUUCCCGGAUCUGCCAGUGGCUACGUACUCGGGAGAUGGCUUCGGCGGGCCUGGAAAGGGAGGGAAGCGAAUAGCCGUCGACGCUGAAGGGCUCGUUCUGGCUAGCGAUGGCUCGUUCUGGGUCAGCGAUGAGUAUGGGCCGUACGUGUAUCAUUUCGACAAGAAGGGAAAGAUGGUGGCUGCCAUUAGGCCGCCCGACGCCUUCAUUCCGUUCCGCAAUGGCACGGAGAGUUUCAGCGCCGACUCCCCACCGCUCUACGACCUGACCCUUACAAUUACCCCCUCAGAUCCCGUCAGCGGCCGCCAGAACAAUCAAGGCUUCGAGGGUCUGACAGCCAGUCCGGAUGGCAGAUCCCUCUACGUACUGAUUCAAUCUGCACUUGAGCAAGAAGGCGGCACGAAGAAGUCCCAUCGUCGUAACGCCCGUCUACUCCAGUACGACGUCUCCAAGCACAGCAACGCGAAAUACGUCGCCGAGUACGUCGUGCAGCUACCCGUCUUUGGCGAUAACCAAGUCGCCGCCCAGUCCGAGAUUCACUAUGUCUCGCCCACCCAGUUCCUUAUUCUGGCCCGCGACUCCGGCGCCGGCCAUGGUCAGUCCGACUCUGAGUCUGUUUACCGUCACGCGGACGUGUUCGACAUCUCCAAGGCUACGAACGUGAAGAGCACCACGCAUGAUGCGGUUGGCGGUGCCAUUGCAAGCACCAAGGGCGAGCUGAACGCGGAUAUUGUGCCUGCGACGUACUGCUCGUGGCUCGACUACAACGUCAACGCGCAGCUGAACCGUUUCGGUGUCCACAAUGGUGGUGCGCAGGAUGCGGGCCUGUUGAACGAGAAGUGGGAGUCUCUAGCUCUGGCUCCGAUCAGUAAGGACGACAAGAAGAGGAAGACGGAUGAUUGGGAUGAGUAUUUCUUGAUCUCGUUCUCUGACAACGACUUCAUUACCCAGAAUGGAUUCAUCAACUUUGGGAAGGAUCCGUACAAGGAUGCGUCUGGAUUCAACCUCGACAACCAGGCGCUCGUGUUCAGGGUGAAGCUGCCCAAGGGAUCGAAGCUGGCAUGAGUGAUGAAAUGGCUCGUAUCAUUGAAACUGGGGGUUCCUCGCCAUGAUGAGAGACUUGAUUAGAGUGAGGAAGGGGUUUGGUCUGAAGAAAAGUAAUGUGCAUAACACUGUUGCACUCGCAUCAAGUACCUCUAUAAAAGUCUCGUAACUACACUACCCAACGUCUUGUACUUAAAGUGAUGAGCAUAGCAUCUCCCUGAAAGACAAAGCUGUCUCACUAAACAGCACUCG